AUGCCUGAAACCAAGUAUUUUACUCAUACCAUCAAGCUCUCUCCUGGCUCAUCUCAUGCCGGGCAGGAGUUUGAAGGCAGAUUAGCCUACUGGAGCCUCGGCGACGUUUCCAAGCCCGCAGUCUUGAUGCCGACGUGUUUUGCCGGCAAGCUCGAGACCACGACUCCCUUUCUCUACAAUGCCGAGUCUUGCGCCCUGCCAUUGUCCGAGUACCAUGUUUUGGUGGUUGGACAGUUGGGUGGCGGUGAGAGUUCGUCGCCUUCAAACCAGCCUGCUCCAUUCUCUGGUGUUGAGUUUCCGAGGGUGACGUAUGAGGAUAACAUUCGUCUUCAGCAUGCUCUGUGUCAGAGUCUUGGGAUUAAGCAUUUGGAGGCUUAUAUUGGUUUCUCGAUGGGUGGACAGCAAGCUUACUAUAUGAGUGUGCUGUAUCCUGAUUUCGUGUCCAAUUUUGUGAUGCUGGCAACCUCGGCACGCACCUCAUGGCACAACUACAACUUCUUGGAAGGACCUAAAGCUGCUUUGGAGUCUUCCGUCGACUUUAAGGACGGUCGCUAUGAGCAGAAACCACUCAGAGGUCUCAGAGCUUUCGGUAGAGUUUAUUCUACCUGGGCGCUCAGUCAGGCAUGGUACAGACACGAGUGCUGGAAAGUCUGUGGCUUCGACACGCUAGAGCAGUACCUUGACACCAAUUGGAGCAACAAAGACAGCGAGGCCAAUGACUUGCUAUCCAUGCUGUGGACAUGGCAGAACGGCAACAUUGCUGCCUGUUUCCCUGAGGACAAGAAAGACCUGCCCACUGCACUGGAAAGAAUAAAGGCCAAGUGCUUGGUCAUGCCUUCGAGGACUGAUUGCUAUUUCCCACCUGAGGACAAUGAGGAAGAGGUCAAGCAUAUCAAGGAUGGAAAAUUGGCUGUCAUUCCAAGUAUCUGGGGCCAUCUUGCCGGUGGUGGUGCCGGCACAGACGAGGACAAAAAGUUCAUCAACGAGCAGGUCUCGCAGCUCUUGAAAUAG